AUGACACGGCUUGAUGGGGCCUGCUACUGGCUGUCAAUAUUCAGCGCAGUCGCGGUCUCGUAUUCUACAGACCAUGUUGUUGCAUACCAGAGGCCCAUACAUUGCGCCGUCACAGCACUCGCAACGUGCGCCUGUCUACUGGUCAGCGCAAGCAAGACCCUACCGAACAACCUCUUCAACUCGACCCGUUCACGACCCUCGGCGCCGUCAUAUGCUUUGCUACCUCGUUCCGCUUCAGACCACGAUGACCUUCCCAUACCCGAGGACCGAACCCCCGCUCAAAGUGGCCGUGUUCGAGUGACUGUCGUCGCGAUCGCCACAACGCUACUCUCGCUGCGCAUUGAGACGUAUCGAAGAAUAGCAAAGGCCACCGAGUGCACUAUACCCACGGUCGAGAUAUGGUUGCCUUUGCUACUAGCGCUCUACGACAGCCUGCGCUUUCAAAAGAAUGGUUACACUGAACCCGUCGAGAAGGUCCAAACGACUAUCUACGGCUCUAUCGUUAACGGUCGUGGAGGCCAGUUUCUCCACUCACGAUGGCGGUACAUUCCACCAGUCAUGUUGUUCUGCUUAGGUUGUCACUCGCUCCUCAAGCUCUGGGCGGGCGUGAAUUCGACCUUCAUUUGUCCCAUCGUGACUGGGGAGCAACAGUCUGUGCCAGCAGCGCAGAUCGCUGGUCUGGCUCUGGACUUUCUGCUUGUUAUCAUCUUGUGGGAGCAGCUCCCGAGGCGUGACGGAAAUGGCCUUUCACCAAGACGAAGUGUGGUGCUAUGGAGCUCAGUCAUGGCUGGCACGGCUGUGGUCUGGUCCGCGAUAGGCGUUGGCGUCUACUGGGCGGUGCAUCGGGAUCGGUACUACGUGGUGUUAUGGGAUGUACCGAUUUUCACCAUGGUUUUUUCAAUCAUGGUGCAAGCGUUGGUGUUUUCGGUCUUUUACAUAUCGACUUUGCACAGCGUUCUGGUGCAUGGUGUUCUUGAGAUGGCUCUCACCUUGAUCGCGGUGCUAGUGAUGCUUCCGAGCCUGCUUUUGACGUGGUCGGCAACAAACCCUUUCCCGCCCUUCUCUAAAGCGCUCCCAACGUGGACAUUUCUGUGCGUCUAUACUGGUUGGUGGACUUAUAGGAGAAUAGCGCGCGUCUCAGGACAGUCUGAAGCACAGGUAGGGCCCAGACGUUCUCAGGCCCUUUUCAUUCUUGGGUUGGCUCUGCUUGUUCCGGCAUGGUUCAAGCACACGAUGAUACACUAUCAUCCCAUUGACCUUCUGAUCUACGAGGCUAAUCUGCAACAUGAGGCAUACUUGAACCUGACCUCACCCCGCGGCACACUGGCAGAAGCCGUCGGCAACUACCGAAACAGAUACCAUCGAAACCCGCCACCGAAAUUCGACGUCUGGUGGGAAUUUGCCACGAAUCGAUCGUCCCUGAUCAUCGACGAGUACGACCAAAUUCACAACGACUUGUUACCCUUCUACACCAUCAGUCCUGCAGACUUGCGUCGUCUGACGUGGGAAAUAGCUUCGAACCAGUGGAAUGAAGCCUCGGGUAUUACGAUUCGCAACGGGACAGCCAUGGUCCAGGACAACGUCAUCCCGACGCAUCGGUGGAUGCUAGAGGGCGUAGCAGCUCUCAUCAACAGUUUUGCUGUACACCUGCCCGAUAUGGAUCUGGUUUUCAAUAUCAAUGAUGAGUCCCGUGUUUCAGCUCCGUACGCCGAUUUGGAAGAGUUUCGGAGGCAAGGAGCAAUGGCAGCGCAGACAGGGACGCUGCCCUUCUCGUCGGAUCGAGCUGCGGGAUGGCCAUUGGAGUCCACAGACUUCCCGGAUCACAACUUCCGCGCCGCAUCUUUUCAGCAGAUUUUCCGAGACUUUGGCUCCGUGGGCUGUGACCCGAAUUCAGCCGCCCGAAAAGAUGCUGCCCUGAGCAAGUCCAAGUCGACACUGUGUACCUCUUGCGCCUCGCCUCACUCGCUUGGGCAGUUCGUCUCGAACUGGUCCCUCGCUGGCGACAUCUGCCAUCAACCAGAUAUGGCGCACCUGCAUGGAUUCUAUAUGUCACCAGCAGCGUUCAAGCCGGCUUAUGCCCUCAAGCCUGUCUUCUCCCAGUCCAAGCCCCAUGGUUUCAAUGACAUACUCUAUCCGUCGGCGUGGAACUACAUGGACAAAGUCAAGUACGAGCCCUCGGAGCAACAUGGCCAGCUGGGUGAGGAAGAUUAUCGGCCUGCGCAUCCGGAUCCUCCGUUCCGUGAGAAGGACAAUACGCUAUUCUGGAGAGGUGCAACUUCUGAGGGUGUAUCCGGAGGCGGUGGACAAUGGCGCGGCAUGACUCGACAGCGCCUGAUCCAUCUGAUGAACAAUGCGACCAGCCACCCUCACGAUGACACAUUGAUCCUCCUUCCUCACCCACGUUAUCAAGGCAAGUGGGAAUACACUAAAGUGGCGGGCGACAAGGUUCGUGACUUGGGUCUCAGCGCUGAUGUUCACGUGGUGGACCAUAUCGUGCGCUGCGGUGGCGAGGGCAUGUUUGACUGCACGAAUCAGGAAGAUGAGUUCGUACCAGUGCCGCCUUCGGACUUCCAGGCGCACUGGAUGUACAAGUAUCUUUUCGACCUAGAUGGAGCGGGAUUUUCGGGGCGCUUCCUACCUUUCCUGCAGUCUGGAUCACUUCCUUUCAAGAGUGCCUUAUUUCGAGAGUGGUAUGAUAGCCGGAUCACAGCCUGGCGACAUUUUGUCCCGCAAGAUCUGCGACUGCACGGCGUCUGGAGUACUUUGGCCUACUUUGCAGGGGUUGACGGUACCCUUCCGAGUGGUAGGAGGAUCAAGUGGGCCGGACAUGAACGAGAAGCUGAGUUCAUUGCGGAAGAGGGACGCGCGUGGGCCAACAAGGUUUUGAGGAAGGAAGAUAUGGAGGUGUACUUCUUCCGCCUGUUGCUUGAAUGGGGACGAUUGACGGACGACAACCGGGAGAACUUGGGCUUUAUGAUGCCGUGA